AUGAAUCGGGCAUCAAACAUUGUUCCCUAUCUUCGUCAAAAAUUAAAUGUUGAAUUUGGCACACAAGCAUGGGCUAAAUUCUACGAAAUAUUGGAUACAUUCGAUUUGAUUAAUGUUGGUGAAAAUGAACAGACAUCAUGGAAAACAUUUCAUAUGUGUGAAGCACCCGGAGCAUUUAUUGCUGCUAUCAAUCAUUAUCUUGUGACUCAUGAUAAACAAAAAGUUCAAUGGCAGUGGUUCGCUCAAACGUUGAAUCCUUAUCAUGAGCACAAUAUAAAACCAGCUGUAAUCGAUGAUGAUCGAUUUCUCUUUUAUACCUAUGACAAAUGGGAUUUUGGACAAGAUAAUAGUGGUGAUAUUAUGAAUUUAGAAAACUUACUCUACUACAUACAAGGAUUAAAACCACUCAACAUUGAUUUUAUAACAGCUGAUGGAAGUUUAGAUUGUCAGAAUGAUCCAGCCGAGCAAGAAUUAUUUGUUUAUCCACUAUUAUUAACUGAAAUAUAUCUUGCUUUAAAUUGUCUGACAGUGAAGGGUAAUUUUGUGUUUAAAAUGUUUACCAUAUUUGAAAAAGAAACUAUUGAUCUUAUCUACAUGAUUAAUCUCGUUUUCGAACAGGUUACCAUAUGUAAACCUGCUACAAGCAAGGCGGGUAAUUCUGAAACAUAUGUUGUCUGUAUUGGAUUUUAUCAGGAGUUAUUUGAAACAAAUUAUUUAGAAAAACUUCGUGUUAUUGUUCACGAAAAUUUGAAUCAAUCUGGUCGUUCAUCCUUCGUAUUUGACAAAUAUCCCGAUUUAUUUCUGGAACAAAUUGUUCGUUGUUCAUAUUCUUUUGAAAAACAUCAAUGUGAUGUAAUUGAAGAUAAUUUAAAAUAUUUUCAUAAUCUUGAUCGACGAUAUUCUAAAAAGAUUCGCGAAGAAAAAGAACUGUUAUUAAACGAAUACAUUCAACGUUAUAGUUUAAAAGAAUUAUUAUCUAGUGAUAAACGUUUGACGCCUGUUAUUGAUAAUAACACGGGUCUUCCUAUAUUACCUGAUUCAUUACCAGAGUCAUACACUAGAAUACUCUAUCAAUAUUUAUCCGCCCCUUUAGCAUUAGUACAAGUACCAAAACGUCUUCAAGGGACAUAUUUCGAACGUAAGGAGGAUAAACAAACAUCAAAUGUGAAUGAAAUGAGAAAAUGUUUGACAAAGACUAUUAGAAGUGGUCUAUAUUGUCCAACAUGUGCGAAACUCUCAAUAUCUGACACAGGUAACAAAGAUGAAUCAACAUUUCAAACACCCAAGUUAGUACGUUCAAUAUCCUCGUACUCGGCUGAACUGUGUGAAACAGAUUUGACGCUAAAUGAUGAUCUAUGUGAUACUUGUCAAUCUUUAUGUCAAAUUAUUACUAAACAUACAUUAUCAACAAGAUCUUUGUUUAUUAACACAAUUAAUCGUACAACAUUGAAAGAAUUUCUCCCCUUCGACAACGAUGACGAUAAAAACUUAAUUCUUCGACAAUGGUUUAACGAUACAGCAGUAGACUGUAUCUUUGGAAAACAAAAAUCCAUAGAAAAUUCAUGUUUUUGUGAUAAACAAUUGUUAGAAUUUUAUAAUAGUGCAACAAAAAUGAAAACAACUGAAAUAAACAUAAUACAAUCGGAUGAUUUAUCUAUCGACUUAUAUUUUAUUAGUUUUGUUAAAUCUUUGAUAAUUCUACAUAACAUUCCAUCGAUUCGAAACACUACAAAUUUCAAUCAUAAAUGGAAUUCUCUAAAGUAUUUUGCUGACACAAAUCAAUUACAGUUAUACUAUCAUAAUGAUUAUGUAUUCUGCAGAACAUUUGAUCCAAUUUUAACGCGAUUACAAGCAUCUGUUCUCUAUCUAUUAUUAAAUUCAUUUGAACAAACUUACAUUUAUGUCAUUAUUGAUAAUAAUUUACAAUCUCAUUUACUGUUUAUAUUCGACACAUUCGUAACUGACUCAUAUAUAGAUGCUGAACUUAUACAACGAAAAAUAGAAGUAUGUACAUUACUUGAAAAACAAGUUCAUUCGAAUAAUGAUACGAUUUCUACGCUGCUCCAAUUCAUACAUAUUCAUCAUUUAUUGCGACGUGAUUUUGUUUGGGAAUUAAAGCGUGCAAAUAAUGUAUGUUUACAAUUGAAAAUAUUAUCGCUAUUGAAUGGCGAACAACAACAACAACAAAAUGUAAUCGAAUAA